AAAUAUUUUCCUUAAAAACUCCAGAUGAGCAAGCAGCGGAGAUUUGUUGAACGACCUGCUAGGGCACUGGGCGACCCCUCCUGGCAUACUCCCAGCAUUCGAACCUCUCACACGGCCAGCGAGCAGCGGAGCUUUGUUGAACGACCUGCUAGGGCACUGGGCGACCCCUCCUGGCAUACUCCCAGCAUUCGAACCUCUCACACGGCCUCCUAGUCUUCUUCGCCGGCCAUCUCAGCCUUCAGCGACAACGAUCCGGGCUGGAUUCUGUCUAGUCUCGAACUUGAAGUCUCUUCUCUGCCCGUCUGCCCAAGGGUCGAAGACUCGAGGUAAUAAUUGUUGAAACAUUCUUAUGCUCAGAUGGCAUUGCAAGAGAGUUUAAAUAAAUUUAAGAAGCAGCAAGAGAAGUGCCAGUCAACCCUCACAAGCAUUGCAGGGAAGGCAGGAUCCUCCAAGGUUGCACCAGCUCAGAAAACUGGACUUGCAGGCGCAUCAUCUUCAACUCAGACAAAGGUGCCCGCUCCUGCAGUUAAAUUCUCCAAUGAUACGGAGAGGCUUCAACACAUCAACAGCAUACGAAAAGCCCCUGUUGGAGCUCAGAUCAAGCGUGUCAUAGAUCUGCUACUAGAGACAAGGCAAGCCUUCACACCAGAGCAAAUAAAUGAAGCAUGCUAUGUUGAUAUAAAUGCAAACAAAGCUGUCUUUGACAGCUUGAGGAAUAAUUUGAAAGUACACUAUGAUGGGAAGCGCUUCUCUUACAAGUCCAAGCAUGAUUUGAAGGACAAAAGUCAGUUACUUGUUUUAAUACGGAAAUUCGCUGAGGGUAUCGCUGUCAUUGAUCUUAAGGAUGCGUACCCAACCGUGAUAGAGGAUUUACAGGCAUUGAAAGCUGCCGGUCAAGUUUGGCUGCUAUCAAACUUCGAUUCACAGGAAGACAUUGUUUACCCAAAUGAUCCUCGUGCAGUCAUCAAGGUGGAUGAUGAUAUCAAACAGCUUUUCCGUGGGAUUGAGCUGCCACGUGAUAUGCUUGAUAUCGAGAAGGAUCUUCAAAAGAAUGGGAUGAAACCUGCUACCAACACAGCAAAGAGGAGGGCCAUGGCCCAGGUUCAUGGCAUUCCUUCUAAACCCAAGGCCAAGAAGAAGAAGCAUGAGAUCAGCAAGCGGACCAAGCUCACUAAUGCCCACCUUCCAGAGCUCUUCCAGAAUCUUACUGUUCCUGAUAAGUGAACGAGCCCGAGCUGUUGCUGGAAAUUGUCGUGUUGAGGUCGAGACGUUGCCUGCCUGAAUAUUUCUCCUAUGCUUUUAUAUAGAUGGGGUUCAAAUAGCUUCCUAUUGCCAUUCAGAAUGAUAAUGCCCCCUCUUUUUGCUGUUGAGGAAUACGUGACAUUUUUUUUUAACCUUGUUUAAUGUAAAUCUGUGCAAUAUUUACUAAUGAAGAGCCUGUACGUCACCCAAGCUCAAGCCUGUAAUUAGAAGUCAUCAUGUUGGUUGAACAUUAAUACAAGGACGGGAAAUUCGAGUUA